AUGAGCAUGCAUCCUUUGAGUGACAAGAGGAGCGGGUGUGCUCGAAACAACGUGUCAAUGAAGGAGGUGUGGGCGAGAAGGAAGUUAGGCAACUUUGUGCUGCAAAACUCCACCUCAGAGUCCUACCAAUCCCACUGCGAGGCGGCAGGCCCACAAGCAGUAGAGUCUCGGCUGAGUCAUCAUGCAAGAAGCCAUCAAAGGGCUUGGCGCUGGCGGCCUGUCUCGAGACCUACGCUGCCUGAGUUUAGCUCCAACGACACCAUCCAUCGGGUGCGGCAAAAGCACACGCGAUCAAAGCUUGCUCCGUGUGACAAGUACAAGUGGAUGAAGGUGGCUUCAACAAACAUCGGUUGGCACGCCGAAACGGACCAUGGCAAAAGUUUGCUUCGGCCUCCGGUGCAUGGUAUCACGGAGUCCACGGUCACAAAGACCUACAGCAACAUGAAGGCAACGAACAUGGAGGCCUGCCUUCGACUUUGUAAGUGA